AUGUGGUGUGAGAUAGAUCACUGCAGCGAUCCUCAGAUAAAAAAGGACCCAAGCAGCACCAACAGAUACGGCACGGCUUACAUCUUCCCGGACACUGCGUCAGAGCCAUUCCUCGUUUACUGUGAUUUGCACUACGGGUUCACCUUCUUACAAGCACGAGUGAGCCAGAGCUGCACGCGGACUAGCUUCCAGCGUUCCUGGCAAGAUUACAGGGACGGCUUUGGUGAUUUCACCUGUGACUUUUGGCUUGGGCUAGAUAAAAUUCAUCAGAUAACUUCACAAGCUCAGUACAAGCUCGAGAUUUUAAUAGAUGAUGGAACUGGUUAUAAGCAAUGCUUCUACGAUCCUUUCCGGGUUGAAGGCGCCAGCAGUAACUUCACUGCAUCUCUCGUUCAGUUUGACGAAGACCCCGACUGUAACAGCUUCCUCGGUAACGACGCUGGUUUUGGCAUCAAUAACAUUCCAUUUAGUACCACGGACCAUGAUUCCACCACCAACCGCUGCCCAUCUGUUUUAACAAGUGGCUGGUGGUUUGACAAUGUCUGCCCUGUUGGUAACCCAAACGGACCGUACAUCUCACAGAACACAUUCCUCAACAACAACUCACCCCCAAGACUGAGGAUUGGGGGCACAUACGCUGGCAAAUGGGUGAAGGAAUUUCUCAUGCGCAUCGAGAACGUCGGGGGAUGA